UCAGAGUGUGAAGAUCGACUGCAAGGUGGCGUCUCGAUUCGCCCACACAGUCAUGACGUCCACGGCUCUGAACAAGGCCAACGUCUCACAGGAAGUGUUCUUCGAGGUGGAGUUACCCAAGACGGCCUUCAUCACCAACUUCAGCAUGUCAAUUGAUAAUCAGACGUACAUGGGAGAGAUUAAAGAGAAGGAGAAAGCCAAGAAGGAGUAUGAGACGGCUGUGUCAGCUGGGAAGAUGGCUGGCCUGGUCAAAGCUUCAGGUAGAAAGAUGGAGAAGUUUUCUGUCUCUGUGAACAUCGCUGCCAACAGCAGUGUCACAUUCACACUGAUGUACGAGGAGCUUCUUCAGCGUCGCCUCGGCAAAUAUGAGCUCAUCAUCCGAGUCAAACCCAAACAGCUGGUCCAGCACUUCGAGAUUGUUGCUGAUAUCUAUGAGCCUCAGGGUAUUACGUUCUUGGACACAAAUGUUACUUUCAUUACAAAUGAUCUGCUCCCACUGGUGAGCAAAUCUGUCACUGACAAGAAGGCUCACGUGUCCUUUUCUCCAACUCUGGACCAGCAAAGGAAAUGCCCACACUGUGACGCCACACUCAUAGAUGGAGAUUUCAUCAUCACAUACGACGUCAACCGGACAGAAAAUAUUGGCGACAUUCAGAUAGUGAACGGGUAUUUUGUACACUUCUUUGCCCCAGCUGAUUUGCCACAGUUGCCAAAGAAUGUAGUGUUUGUGAUAGACAGGAGUGGCUCCAUGGAGGGAAGGAAGAUGGUUCAGACUCGAGAGGCACUACUGACUGUCCUGGAUGAUCUUCAUGAGGAAGAUCAUUUUGGACUGGUCAUGUUUGAUGACCAUAUUGAAACAUGGAGACCAUCACUAAGUAAAGCCACCCAAGAAAAUAAAAAAGAGGCUCAAGAAUUUGUCAAAGAUAUAACAGCACGACACAUGACUGAUAUCAAUGAAGCGGUUUUGCAUGCUGUCCACAUGUUGGCUACAGCUAAGAAAAACGACUCACUGCCAGACAACAGCGCAUCCAUGAUAAUCCUUCUGACUGAUGGAGAACCGACCACUGGGGAGAUAAACAUAAGCGUCAUCCAAGAUAAUGUGCGCAAUGCAAUUAGCGGAAACAUGACCCUAUUCUGCUUGGGAUUCGGCGCCGACGUUGACUACCCAUUUCUGGAUGUGUUGGCAAAGCAGAAUGAUGGUCUGGCUCGGAGAAUUUAUGAGGCAUCAGAUGCUCUCCUACAGUUACAGGACUUCUAUGAAGAGGUGGCAAGUCCACUGCUAUUAGAAGUGAGUCUGCAUUACCCGGAUAGUGUGGCGACGUCCUUGACUAACAACCACUUCAGGCAGCUCUUUAAUGGCUCUGAGAUUGUGGUUGCUGGCCAGCUACACGACUUUGAGGUGGAAAAUGUUCUUAUAGAGGUGUCAGCUCAGGCGCUGGAUGAUCAUAUUUCAAUACAAGGCCAAGCUCCCACUGAAGAAUGGACCAUCAUGUUUCCUGAGCAGGAUUACAUAUUUGGAGACUUCACUGAGCGUCUCUGGGCGUAUCUGACCAUCCAGCAGCUCUUGGACAAGCGAGACAAGUGUGCACCUAAUGAUAGGGAGAAUAUCACAGCCGAGGCCCUGGACCUCUCGCUAAGGUACAACUUUGUCACUCCACUUACUUCCCUGGUGGUCACUAAGCCUGAAACUGAUGAAAAGCCAGAAGAUCCUCUUAUUGCAGACAAGCUAACCGAGGACCAGCGAAUUAACAGAAUUCCAACAGCACAACACUUCGGAAACAUGGCAUUUGGCGCACCUUUAUCCAUCAGCGGCCCGAUCCCAUUCAGAGGUAUGGGCGGAGUAUCUGCCAAGCUGAGGUUUAUAGCAGUCGAUGGAGAUCCACACUUCAUUAUUGAGCUACCAGAUCAGGAUGAUGCUCUGUGCUUCAAUACUAAUGACCAGCCAGGCACCAUCUUCAAUCUAGUGACAGAUCCACUCACAGGCCUUGUCAUAAAUGGACAGACCAUUGGAGACAAGAUGGUGCAACCUGGGAGCCAGCAGCACACCUACUUUGGUCAGUUUGGGAUCCUUCAUAAGACGUUUGGCAUAAAACUGACUGUGACGACUCAGAAGGUUCUGGUGUCUGAGCAGGGAAAACAAGAACAACUUCUCUGGUCAAAAACAGCCACAAUCAAGAGUCCAAAUAUGAACCUCCAGUUAACCAAAGAUCGCCUCACAGUGACUCUGAGGAACUCGUUAAAGUUGGUCAUUAUUCUGCACAAGGUGUGGAAGUCUCACCCCGACCACCAGGACUAUCUGGGCUUCUACACCCUGGACAGCCACCUAGUUUCACAGAAAGUUCAUGGUCUAAUUGGACAGUUUUACCACGGUGUCACAUUUGAGGUCAGUGACGUCUUUCAGGGUAAAGAUCCAGACAAACCUGAUGCCACCAUGUUUGUGAAGGGACACAAGCUCACAGUGACCAGGGGCUGGCAGAGAGACUUCAGACGGGAUGUGAAGAAUGGAGAGAAUGUCCCGUGUUGGUUCAUUCAUAAUAAUGGUGCAGGUCUCAUCGAUGGAGCCCUUACAGACUACAUUGUGUCUGAUCUCUUCAAUACUACCUAAGAGACAAUAGAAGCAACUACAGUACACCUGAGUGAACAGUAUACACAUUUCUGCCUUAUGUAACAAGUACUGGUCAAAUGUUUAACAGAAUUAUGGAUUUUGGGAUAGAAAAGUAACAGACCAUUUACAUGUAUAUUCUCAGUGGAAUAUCGAUUGACAAACACUCAGAGGACUUUGUUAUUGACUUUGUAGAGAGUUGAUUCACCCUAAUUAAACUGUAGAAACAGACCUGUGUACUGUCUGCUCUUCUUUGUAUAAAU